CUUAGGGUGACAUGAGCAGCAGAAAUAAGCCACACAGGAAGAAGCCCCUCCUCAGCUAUGCUUCAGUUCAGUGUUCAGACAGUCAACAUGGAGGUCGGCGGCCUCCGCAUCAAACUCUUGGUCCACAUCUUAUUCCUGCUGUGUGCACAUGUUCAGGACGUUGAUUCACUGAUUCUCCGUCCUGAACCAAACAUGCUGCAGUUCUUUGAAUAUGAGUCUCUGAUCUUUCAUUGUGAGGGCUCUUCCGGCUCGACUGGACUGAAAAUUGUACAUCGGUCCAAAGGGGAAGUACAGACAUGUGAAACUCCAGUGACAUCAACAAGGUCAUCCUGCUCCAUUAAAAAUCUUUAUUUAGAGGACAAUGGACAAUACUGGUGUGAGUCUGGAGAUAGGAAGACAAGCGACGUCAUCGAUAUCACUGUUACUGCUGGUCCUGUGAUCCUGGAGAGUCCCAUCAGUGUGGUGAAGGGAGAGGAUGUGACUCUGCGCUGCAGAAACAAGACGACCUCACCCAACCUCUCAGCUGAUUUCUACAAAGAUGGACGCCUUAUCGGAAGAAGCUCUACAGAAAACAUGACAAUCCACGGCGUUACCAAAUGUGAUGACGGACACUACAAGUGUACCAUCUCUGGAGGAGGAGAAUCAGCUGAGAGUCGGAUGGCUGUUGAAGGUGAGAUACAUUAG